AUGAGUGCAAUCUUGUCCGUGGACGACCUCAACGACUUCAUAUCUCCCGGUGUCGCCUGCAUUAAACCCGUCGAGACCCUCCCGAAACAAGAGAAUUAUAACCCUUACGAAGUCACGACCGAAGACAAAGUCCAGGCGGAAAAUCCCGCGCCCGCAUCCGUCUCGCUGACCGAUUGCCUGGCAUGUUCGGGCUGUGUGACCUCCGCGGAGGCAGUCCUCGUUUCUCUCCAGUCGCAUACAGAAGUCCUGAAUACCCUCGACUCAUACCGUUCUCUGGACGCGCGGUAUUUGAUCGACCGUAAAAAUGGCGUUGUCAACGGGCACGUGCCUCCUCUUUCGAAUGCGAAGGUCUUCGUCGCCAGCGUGAGCCCGCAAGUCCGUGCCAGUCUUGCGGCUACGUAUGGUAUAUCAGAGAAAAGAGCUGGGUUUAUGAUUGAACAGUUCUUAAGUGGAUCACAAGGCUUGCGGAUAGGUGGCCAGCACCAUAGUGGUUUCACAUAUGUGGUGGACACAAAUCAAAUUCGAGAAGCCUGUCUCGUGCUCGGAGCAGAAGAGGUCGCAGAUGUCAUAGCCAACCAGUCGAAACCAAAACCGGUCUUGACGUCUGCUUGUCCCGGUUGGAUCUGCUAUGCGGAAAAGACACAUCCUCAUAUCCUCCCGCAUCUGUCGACCUUGAAGUCUCCUCAAGCGUUGUCGGGAACACUACUCAAGUCCGUCCUAAGCCGGACGCUUGGUAUUCAUCCUUCACAGAUAUGGCACUUGGCAAUAAUGCCUUGUUUUGACAAGAAACUCGAAGCGAGCAGAGAAGAACUCACGGAUCGCUGGUGGCAGCCUUCCAACGAUGCUAUGGAUGUGUAUAUGUCCAACACACCUGUCCGAGAUGUCGACUGUGUGAUCACCUCCCGCGAGCUGCUUUCCCUCGCCGACGCGCGCGGUGUCCAGCUCUGUCAACUGCCACUGAAGCCACUCUCCUCUUCCGAGCGAGCACCUUUUCCCGACUCCCGCAUCGCAAGUUUCCUCUUCCCCCAACCUCGACGGCGGAGUGAACAGAACACCGCCGCCGGCUCUUCGGGUGGUUACCUCUACCACGUCGUCGUGAGUGAACAAGCCCAAAAUCCGGGCAGCACCAUCUCCGUGCAGCGAGGCCGUAACGCCGACGUCGUGGAAUAUACACUUCUCUCCUCCACGGGCCAAUCUCUCAUGAAAUGCGCUCGAUACUAUGGAUUCCGAAAUAUUCAGAAUCUCGUCCGCAAACUGAAACCGCCGAAACAAUCAAAAUUACCUGGUGCUGUGAGAAGGUCCGCUACUUCUGGUGGAGGUAGUGGCAGCGACUACGCCUAUGUCGAAGUCAUGGCAUGUCCCGGCGGCUGCACCAAUGGCGGCGGCCAGAUCAAAGUCGAUGAUGUAGCUAUGAUCCUCCAACAGACGCGAGGCGAGGUGGCAAUCAUGAAUGGAUCGAGCCCACAGAGCCAAAAGGAGUGGCUAAAGCGUGUCGACGAGGCGUAUUUCUCCGCCGAUUCGGAUGUGGAUCCCGAGGAAGAGCAAGAAGAGGAUGGCGAUGUGCACAUGACCAACGGCAAUAGCAACGGACACAUUGACUCCACGCACGUCAACGGUAACUACCACCACGAGGUUUCAGAACGGAUGGUCAUCAACGACGUCCAUGUCCCGGAUAUCCAGGAACUUCUGCACUACUGGUCGCGUCUCGUUAAUGUCUCACUCGAGAAACUCGCAUACACCAGCUUCCGCCAGGUUGAAAGCGAUGUGGGCAAAGGCAAAGCUAACGGCAAGAAUCUCAAUGAUACAGAACGGAUCGCGCAGAUCGCUGGACUCAGUGGUGGCGGAUGGUGA